UGUGAGCAGCAACAGACACUGAGGAACUGUUCCAGUGGGAUCCCAUACUAAUGGCAGGCCACUCAGAAGAAAAAAAAAAAAAAAAAUAGAGGUGGGGUGGAAAUUUAGGAACUGCCUGAAUUUGGGACAUUGAAACACAUCCCCCCAUCUACCAGAAAGGCUCUCAAAGAGCAUACACCACACACCUGAGCUGCUGGAGGCAGGUAUUUUUACAGCAUCAGUUCCCAAAUGUUUGGAUCCAGGGGUCAAGCCCUUAAACUCGCUCACAGAUACCACAAUGGACAAAGGAGUGAACAAACAUGUGCAUAUCACUGCGUAUUAUCACUUCAAAGGUGACAUGUGGAUCACAGUCUGGGAACUGCUGCUCUAAAGGAAGGGAGGCCAAAAAUCUUUAUGGUGAGCAGUGGCGAUGGCCAUGGUUUCAGGCUUCCUUGCUCUCAGAGGGAGGGGACGACACUUUGCACAGAACCAAAUGCCUUUCAGGAGCACCCGGCACAGUGCUCUACUAUGAAACUCAAACAGCAAGGAGACAACUUCCAAACUUAUUCCCACUCAUUCCCUUGAUCCCUCACUAAAAAUGGUCUUCAAAUGCAAUAUUAAAAGGGAAGAUACUGCACAUGGUGGAUGCCACACUCCAUACCCAGGUAGCAUCCCAGUAUCACCAGCUUUCCCUUGCAGCACGACACCAGCAGCAAUCAGGUGAUACCAGGAUCCCAAACAAAUUUUAAUGCAGAGAAAUCCACCGAUGACUACAAGGCCAAGAGAUUCCUAUCUGCAUGGUGCAUGUGCUUGCAAAGUACUGGUGAGGUCCCGUUCCACAGCACAGUUACGCUGUGGCCCAGCAGGUUCAGAAGAUCCUUCUAGCUGAUGUCUGUCACUGCUACGGGGAUCUUGUUACUAGCUGCUGAGACUUGAAGAGGGACAGAAAAACCACUGAAGCAGGACAGGUUUAAGUGCUCCUAGGCCCAAGGUCCUCCUCUCCAAAUUGUAGCUCCCUAGAGCUCCUGCAGGUAUGUGCCAAGGACACAUUAUAUCUCAACUACAGCUGCAGCUCUCAAAGGGGGAAAAAAAAAAAAGUUAAUUACUUCAUGACCUUAAAUCAACCCUAUCAGCUCAAACUGUCAGUAAGCAGUUGGCUUCUUGCUGAGUACAGACCAGAACUAGCCCUGUAAAAAAUGAGAUGUUCCUGGGAAGCCCCAGAAACACAAUGCAGCCAGCUGCAUCCGUAACACCCUCUGAGGAAACAAUUUCCGCCACAGGCAGCGCAGGGUCCCUGUGCCAGAGGAUACUUCAGCACCCGAGCUUCCACUGACCGGUUUGAACCUCACGGCAUGGCACUGAAUGAACCAUGUGCGCUGGCAAGCAACACCCCCAGUAUUUCCAGUUCCCCAAACUGGGCUACAAUAACGAUGGAUUCUGGAAUCUUAAUUACGUGCUGGAGGAAGGACAAUCCUGCUCUUCAGUGGUAGUAAUGGGAUUUCGUAAUGAAGUAAAAAUUCUGUUAACUGUAAGGCAUGCUCUGUCACACAGGUUGCAAGGUGAGGGGGUUUCCAGCUAAGCGCUGCCAAUCCCGUCUGCAAACAACCUGGCUCCACAGCUGCAAAUUAGUUCCUCUCUACUCUCAGCUCUCUGAAAGGUUAACUUCUGGCUGUGAGACCAUCCUAUCUCCCGCCCUGCUCAACAAUAGAUCCAGCUAAACAAAUGCCUCCUAAUUGACUUUGAGCAACACUUGAUUGCUUUUACAAAAAACAAAAGGGAGGAAAACAUUGGGGUUUAUGAAAUAAUGACUAAUCCUGGAGCAAGAGAAAGGGGAUGGGUUGGAGCACUGGUGUCAAAGAGAGAUUCAAUCUUGGCUGAAAGAGCCCCAAGACACAUGGGCCAAGUCAUUCAUCCCUCCCCAACUGCCCUCAUUUCCACACCUGCUGAUCUAAGCCAAACCCCUGCUAAAAUCCAAACAAUCGGGGCCGCUGGCAAACGAAAAUUGGAGCAUUGUCUUCCCCAUGAGGGCUCUGAAAGGGCCGCACUUAAUGAGGAUGGAUCGACAGAGAGGUGGCUGGUAGGCUAUAAAAGGCGGCCCACAGUCGGGAGCAGCUCAGUCCGGGGUGUUCCCAGCCCUCUCCGAGCAUGGUCACGGCCGGCCCCACGCACCCCUCCAGGUCGGGUGGCCCAUGGCUGCUGGGUCUCCUGGCACGCCUGCUGCUCUGGGGCUCGCCAGGAGCCCGGGCAAGCUACCUGAGGAGAUCCUCCAGCUGCACGCCCAUUCCGCACCACAUGGCCUUGUGCUACGAUAUUGGCUACUCCGAGAUGAGGAUUCCCAACCUGCUGGAGCACGAGACCAUGCCAGAAGUGAUCCAGCAGUCUUCCAGCUGGCUGCCCUUGCUGGCCAGGGAGUGCCACCCAGAUGCUAGGAUUUUCCUCUGCUCCCUCUUUGCACCAAUCUGCUUGGACAGGCUCAUCUACCCCUGCCGCAGCCUGUGCGAAGCUGUCAAGAGAAGCUGCGCGCCCGUCAUGGCUUGCUACGGCUACCCCUGGCCCGAAAUCCUCAACUGCAACAAGUUUCCUGCAGAUCAUGAACUGUGCAUCGCAGCAGUCUCCACGGAUGAAAAUUCCUCGAGCAGGAGAACAGUGCCUCGAGCCAGCUGCAAGGACUGCGAGCUUGAGGAGGCCAGCACUGCCAGGGACAUCCUGGAAAACCUCUGCGCCAAUGAUUUUGCAGUGAAAAUCCGAAUCCUGAGGAAGAAUAUGACCACUACCAUCUCAGACUUUGACCUGGACCCCUCCAGAGUAGAAGUCCUGAAGCAUGGCCCUCUCCUCAGAACCGAAAUCCCCAGCAGGCUCCAGCAGUGGCUCGACAUAGAUGCUACCUGCGUCCACAACAUCAUGAGAGGCACUCACACAGGGGUCUUCGUUGUAAGUGGUGAAGUACAGAGUGACAAAGUGGUGGUGAACAAGGCCUACGCCUGGCAGAAGAAGAACAGGAACCUGCACCAGGCGGUGCGGAGGUGGAAACAUCACCGCUGCCCUGAACAGGCUGGCCGGAAGGUCUGAAAAAUCUCAAUUCCAACAAUAAGAAACUGCUCCCUUUUCUAUGUCUAGAAAACUCCUUUCCCUGGCAGUUGGUGUUUUGGAGAUGUACAGUCAGUAUUUUUAGGUGAUUCACAGCAGUCAUAGUCCACAUAGGGCCUCACUACAGAUCCCUGUUUUACCAAGACAGAUCUUAAGGAUGCAGAUUUAACAUAUUCCUCUCACAAGGCUCUGUAGAUCCAGGACUUGUGAUGGAAGGCUUUGCGUAGGAUCCAACGCCAUAACAAAACGGAACUGAACUCUGCAGGUGAGCACAAACUAGAAGAGACCUUUAGUAAGUUUCUUCUAGUUCUCAUCAUCAACGUUGAUAGUCAUUUCAGCUUCAUUAUUUCACCCGGAGACAUUGAUGCUGUCCAAGUGCCUGCUUGCUUCUGUCCACAGAGGUUACACGAACGUCUCCCUGACUGCUAAGUGAUGCUUUCUGUGUAAUGGAGCAAAUACUCUACUCUUGUAUAGUCUGAGGUAUAUUAAGGGGGAAAGGAACUUACCCUGGUAAUGCCCAGCCCUGUAAAAAAUGAAUGCUAAACCCUGCUCUUAAGCGGUCACUUAGGCUGUCCCUUCAGCUUGCUGUGCUGAGUUGAUGAGCAUCAGCACAGGUAAAAGCACACAGAGGAAAGAUAGCUGAGAAUUUCCGCGUAACAGGGAAAACCAUUUUUGUAGCAUCAGGAAAUUCAGUUUGGAUCAGAAGAUUCUGGUAACUGGGGAACUGCUGGAUAUAUCAAGAUAUCACAAGAGCCUUGCGAAAGAGCAGAGUGGGAGUGAGACAUCAGCCAUUUAAACCUCUGCUUUGGUGUGCAACAGCAGCUUUUCUUGGGACUCGGAGGUGAGCCCCAACCACAGCACAAGAGGAGCUACUUGCAGUUCUGAUAUGGGAGGGGGGGCCACAAACAUUACCCAGCUGUCUGGCCUUCCACUUGCACGCAAGGAAGACAGAAAAGGUGACAAAACUCAGUCUCACCAAGUUCUCUGCAACUCAUUCUCUCACCCAAGUAAGUAGGGACUGUAAUUCCCUGCAGGGGUAAACACCGCUAUAGUUCUAUGCUCCAGACCACAGAGAAGAAAACAGCAAAUCCCCAAACGAGAAAACAAGUCAGAUUUUUACUGCCUAACAAAGCACUGUCCGUGGAAAGUUUUUGACACUGGAUUAAACUUGGGACUGAAAUAAGGGGAAAAACGGCUUUGGGAGAAACACAUUCUGCCUUGUUCAUGAUGCCUGCAGUCUCAGUUGUGGAGAGAGCCACCCGGUUUGACGGAGACACAUUGCCUCCCUGUGCUCGUAAAGCACACCAACAACCCGUGAUGCGAUCUCCUCUUCAGAUUUAGUGUGGGCUGAGAUGAGCGCUCAGACACUCACACUGAAAUUCAUCUGCGCCCUGACAUUUGUGCAGUGAUUACUUCUAUUCCCUGAGGCUCAGAAGAAAAACAGCGAGAUUUCCUAUUUUUGUUCAUUCCUGCUGCCUUGUCUUGCAAACUGCUGCCCAAUCCACAGAAUCCACUGCCAGGUGGUCCCUGAAACGGCAGUAUCUUCUGAACAGACUUCGUUUGGAAAACACAACCCAACACAUAAAAGCUCUGAAGGUUGAAAA